AUGUCAGGUGAGCGGGUGAGGGGGUGGGUGGAAGAUGAUGGGAUAGCCCAGCUGAGAGCGGGUAGCGGCAAUGAAUAUCAGUUGGAUCCCACCACAGCACAGCACAGCAGUCGGACAAGGCAAGUGCCGUCGGUCGCUCAGGCCGAGACAAAGUAA